AGAGAGAGAGAGAGAGAGAGAGAGAGAGAGAAUGGCAGCCUCCAAUCCCAACCUAAGAAGCCCAAAGAAAGAAGAGGUACCCACGGUGGAAGACAGCCACAUGUGCGACGACAUCAACGUUCCAGAUGAACUGGAGGACAGUUUGGGGAAUGAAAAUGAAGAGAACUUUGGAGUUGAGUGGGAUUUCAUGGCAUGGGAUGAAAUCUCCAAUGAAGGCUUCAAACAAGAAGAAGAAGAAGAAGAAGAAGAAGAAGAGAAUGAUAGUAAGAUGAAGAUGGUAGAAAGCUUAGAAGGAUGUAGUAACGACAUGAUGAUGAUAAAACCAGAGAAUAUAGGAUUUUGGGAGGAAGAGAAGAAAACCAUAUCUUUGAAUUUGAACUAUCAGGAGGUUUUGGAUGCAUGGUCUGAUGGACGGUCACCAUGGGCUGAUGAUUAUUCAGUUUUAAUGGCCAAUGAUGGUUAUGUGGGAGAGGUGCCUGUAAUGGAAGAGGAGAAGAGAAGAAAGGAGGCACGAAUUCUCAGAUACAAAGAGAAGCGUCAAAGCAGAUUAUUCUCUAAGAAGAUAAGAUAUCAAGUUCGAAAAAUCAAUGCAGACAAACGACCCAGACUCAAGGGUCGAUUUGUGAAGAGAAUUCCAGAUAAGGUAGUCAGAUGAUCAGGAACGAUCACGAAAAGAGAUAUGAUCAGGUACAAAGAUUCUAUCAUGAGUUCUGAUACAGCCAUUUUUUGUGCAAACGUGUCACAUGUGGCAUAUCCUAUCCGUACAAAAAGUGGGCCACACCGUGAUAAUCACCAGGUAAUAAAACCCGGUGAUCCACUCAUUGGGUGGACCAUUCCGGAAACGGAUUGGCUAC